AUGGAAAAAGAGGAAGACAAGGAAGAGCAUAAUUUGGUCGGUACGCACAAGCAGAGAGCAGUUUGGGAUUUUUAGGGAAUGAAAUGAAGAUUUAGGAGAUUUUGAAGGGCUUGGAGCCAUAGGGUCAUUGGAGUGUAUAGAUAUGGAAGAGUACUAUAAUGUGUUUAUUUUGACAUUGAAUUGAUUUGAAACAAAUCCUCAUGAGAAAGUCGAUUUUGAGACACUUUUGAAAUCGAAAAAUCCAGAUGAUUUGCAUGAUAUUGUUGUUGUAGGAUUUCAAGAGCUUGCCACACCAGAUUUUGAAGAUAUUUUCUUGAAUAGUAAAGAUAAAAUUGAAGAAAUAAUCCCAGUUGUAAAAGACAUCAGCGCUGCUCUUAAAAAUCUCAAUCGUGGAUUAGACUAUUCCCUUAUUACAGGUGAGACAAAAUUUAACAUGAUUAUUAUCUGCUUCAUUCGAGAUUCUCUCAAGGCUAAAGUCCACACCGUUAAAACUCUAAACCUUGAUAUCAACAAACCCUUAUUUUCCACCAAAGGGUGCAAUCUAAUCAGAUUUGACAUCUCCAACUUCGGAUCAUUUGCAUUUGUAAACUGUCACUUUCCUUCUGGAGCUGAGGAGUCUCGAAACAAGUACAGAAUCCAAGCGUUCACAACCAUCAAAACUCUUCCUUUCGAAACCCAUGAUCUUAAGUUUAUUUUUGGGGACCUUAACUUCAGAGUGGAACUUGAAUUUGAUGAGGUAAUUGAGAGGAUCAAUGGGGAGGAGGAAGGGUUGAGGGAGGAGAUGUUAAGGAAGGAUCAGUUAGAGGAAGCGAAGAAGUGGGAUAGUGUGGUCUGUGGGAUGCAGGAGAUGGAGAUAGGGUUCAUGCCGAGUUAUAAGGUGGAGAGGGAGGCGGAUAGGUAUACAUAUUAUAAGAGGAAGACUCCUUCAUGGUGUGACAGAGUUCUGUGGUGCCAGAAUAAAAGUAGUCAUAAGGGUGACAUUUUAGCAACGAGGAAUCGGUUUACUGUCAAAGGGAAUUGAUAUGAAAGUAGGCCAGCAAAAGUUAAGGCUGAGGAUGGGGAUAAAUUAGUCAAUUUUUCUGAUCAUUACCCUGUUAUUGCUGAGUUUAAAAUUACCAAGAACAAUAUCGAGGAAGUAAAAGAAUCUGAGCCGGAAUUCCAUACCUUCAGUCCCAGAGUAGCCCCAGGAUUUGGGAGAUAUUCCGGAAGGAAAAGUUUGCAUACACAGAGAAAAGAAGAUGAUACAAAAGGAGCUACAGUUAACCAAUUUAAAAUCGAUGAGCCAUACAAACUUAGGGAUUUCGGAAAUGAAGAAAGCAAUUCUGAUAAACCUCGUAGUACAGCCAAAUACUGGUGAUGUCUUUCUAGAUAG